UCCCUGCGCCUCCAUGCACCCUUGGGCUGCAGCCCAGGAAGCUCAUUCGGAAGCCUUGCCGUGGCGGCCCAUGGAGUCGGGGCUGCUGCGGCCUGCGCCAGUGAGCGAAGUCAUCGUCCUGCAUUACAACUACACUGGCAAGCUCAGAGGUGCCCGAUACCAGCCAGGAGCCGGGCUGCGAGCUGACGCAGUCGUGUGCCUGGCGGUGUGCGCGCUCAUCGUGCUGGAGAACUUGGCAGUUCUGUUUGUGCUCGGUCGCCACCCGCGCUUCCAUGCGCCCAUGUUCCUGCUCUUGGGCAGCCUCACGCUGUCCGACCUGCUGGCGGGCGCCGCCUAUGCCGCCAACAUCCUGCUGUCUGGGCCACUCACGUUGCGCCUGUCGCCGGCGCUCUGGUUCGCGCGCGAGGGAGGUGUCUUUGUCGCGCUCGCUGCAUCGGUGCUGAGCCUCCUUGCCAUCGCUCUGGAGCGCCGCUUCACCAUGGCGCGCAGAGGACCUGCGCCGGCUGCUCGUCGGGGACGCACGCUGGCGCUGGCUGUCGCUGCCUGGGGUGUGUCACUGCUUCUUGGGCUACUCCCGGCUUUGGGCUGGAAUUGUCUGGGCCGCCUAGACACUUGCUCCACGGUCCUGCCUCUCUACGCCAAAGCUUACGUACUCUUCUGCGUGCUAGCCUUCGUCGGCAUCCUGGCAGCCAUCUGCGCGCUCUACGCUCGCAUCUACUGCCAGGUGCGGGCCAACGCUCGGCGCCUGAAAGCGCGCCCCGCGACUGGAAGCGGCUUCUCCACCCGCCUACGCCGCACACCCCGGUCGUUGGCGCUUUUGCGCACGCUCAGCGUGGUACUCUUGGCCUUCGUGGCCUGUUGGGGGCCCCUCUUCCUACUACUGCUGCUUGAUGUGGCCUGUCCCGCGCGUGCCUGCCCGGUGCUCCUGCAGGCUGACCCUUUCCUGGGCCUCGCCAUGGCCAACUCGCUCCUGAACCCCAUUAUCUACACGUUGACUAACCGCGACCUGCGCCACGCUCUCCUUCGCCUUGUCUGCUGCGGUCGCCAUCCCUGCUACAGAGUCUCAGGUGCCUCCCGGCGGUCAGGGACCGCUGCUGGGGCUUCGGGUGGCCUGCAUCGUUGGCUACCCCCUGGCGUGGACGGCAGCUCCAGCCGCUCAGAGCGCUCGUCACCUCAGAAAGACGGAUUGGACACUAGAGGUGACACAGCCGGACCCGGCGCAUUGACAACCUCCCGGACCCUAGUUCCUGCUCCUGCCGCAGAUUGACGUCUUCUGGCUCUCCGCUACUCUCAGAAAUGUUUUGCAGAAACUUUCUUUUUAAAUAAAGGGAUUUAAAAGCCGGAAAAGCAAAGAUAGUGGAGGCGGGAAGAGACACGGGGAAAUAUCUUCUACUGACGCUAAACUCCGCAGCAGUGAAUAAUAGACAGAACUCCUUGUCUUUGUGGAAUUCAUGUUCUGCAUUCCACAGAGGCAAUAGUGGAGUGAGCUACGGAGAUAAUUUUAGUGACAUUACAAUGAUGUGAUGGUGGUCAAGAGAUGCCUUUCUGAGGUGGCUACUUGUGGUGUGAAUCAAGACAUAUCACAUGGUCCUAGGAACCCCUGAAGGAAGAUCAUUUUAUGAGGUUAUAGCAGGUGGGAUGGCCUUAAGGCAAGAAUGUUUGCCCUUAAGUUCCAUAAAAAGCAUGGAUCCCCUGUGGAGAGAAAACAAAGGUUUGGAAAUGACUGGGCAGAUGAUGUACUCACUUGUCUGCCCAGGGAAGGACUUUAUUUUUGUUCUGAAUGAGGCCAUGGAAAGCCAUGGAGGGUUCUAGACAGAGGAGGGACUUGAUCUGCUUCAGACUUUCACAGAUGUCUCUGCUUUUAGUAGGGGGCAAAGAUGGAAGAACAAGAUUGAAAGUGCCUGCACUGACCCAGGAGGUGAUGACUAAGACUCAGACAAUGAGGAUUCUGGAUACACUCUGAAGGCAGUGGACAGGGGACUUGAGUUGGGAAUGAGACAGGAAACAACGAGACAAGAAUAACUCUUUUGCAUAGAGAAGAGGAACACAAAGUUAGGGCACCCUAGAAUUUGACUUUGGGAGAUUCAGCCAAUUCUUACAUAAAACAAGAUUUCUUUGAGCAUGAUGUUAGA